ACUGAAGUUGAAACCAGUCCAGAAACAUCUGAGGCUACUCUGAACCCAGAUGUUGUUAGUGACAAUGCUGCAACAGUAAAUCCUGAGUUGAUCUUAUCAGCAGCGAGUCAAGAUGAUUCUAACAUACAAUCUGCAACCAAGGUUGAUAAUCCUAAAGAUGCCAAAAUUUAUGUGGAUGACACGUUUCAGCCAUCCAGUUUGUCUAAUCCUGAUGAAUCAGCUGUUGCUUCUGAUGCUGUGGGAUUAACCGAAAAACAAAAUCCUGAUACAGCAAUUGCUGAAGAAGCGGUGAAGCCUGAUGAACUUACCGGUGAGAAUUGUUUACCUCGUGUAAAGAUCACCGAGGCUGCGGUGAGUACAUCAAGAAAUGGUGGAUCACCAAGAACUCUUUCGUCGCCUAGAGCGCUCUUGUCUCCAAGAUUCGCUGGAUCACCGGUCAAGAGUACCGGAACACCCAAAAACAUGGACUCCUAUAGAGGUUUAAUCGAUACCGCAGCACCUUUUGAAUCUGUUAAAGAAGUCGUCUCGAAAUUUGGAGGAAUCACUGACUGGAAAUCUCACCGGAUGCAAGCAGUAGAGAGACGCAAGGUUAUAGAAGAAGAGCUUAAAAAGAUCCAGGAGGAGAUUCCGGAGUACAAAACAAACUCGGAACUCGCUGAGACUGCGAAACUGCAAGUACUUGAGGAGCUAGAGAGCACGAGGAGGCUCAUAGAGCAGCUGAAGCUUAAUCUGGAGAGAGCACAGACAGAAGAACAGCAGGCGAAGCAGGACUCGGAGCUUGCUAAGCUGAGGGUUGAGGAGAUGGAAAAAGGAAUCUCUGACGACGUGAGCGUCGCGAUUAAAACGCAGCUUGAAGUGGCUAAGGCGAGGCAUACAUCAGCGGUUGCGGAACUGCGUUCGGUCAAGGAGGAGCUAGAAGCUCUGCACAAGGUGUAUGAUGAUCUUGUGAGAGAUAAAGAUGUGGCUGUCAAGAAAGUUGAGGAAGCGAUGUUGGCAUCGAAAGAAGUUGAGAAGAGAGUUGAAGAGCUCACCAUAGAGCUGAUAGCUACGAAGGAGUCGCUGGAAUCAGCGCAUGCUUCUCAUUUGGAGGCAGAAGAACAGAGGAUUGGAGCAGCCAUGGCGAGAGACCAGGACACACAUCGCUGGGAGAAGGAACUGAAGCAAGCGGAAGAGGAAGUCCAGAAACUCAACCAACAGAUACUUUCAUCGAAAGAACUAAAGUCAAAGCUCGACACUGCCUCGGCGUUGCUUCUUGACUUGAAGGCGGAACUUGUAGCUUAUAUGGAAUCCAAGCUAAAGCAGGAAGCAUGUGAGUCAAACGAUAACAGCGAUCUUCCAACAGAGAAGAUGAGUCAUCCAGAUUUGCACGCAGCUGUUGCCUCUGCGAAGAAGGAACUUGAAGAAGUCAAUGCCAAUAUAGAGAAAGUAGCCGCGGAAGUGAAUUGCUUGAAAGUAGCCUCCUCUUCCUUGCAGCUGGAACGUGAGAAAGAAAAGUCUGCUCUUGCGUCUAUCAGACAGAGAGAAGGAAUGGCCUCCAUAGCGGUUUCUUCUCUAGAGUCUGAGAUCGACAGAACCAGGUCGGAAAUAGCUUCGGUUCAGUCAAAGGAGAAAGAAGCGAGAGACAAAAUGGUGGAGCUACCAAAGCAACUUCAGCAAGCAGCAGAAGAGGCUGAUGAAGCUAAGUCGCUUGCAGAGAUUGCUCGUGAAGAGCUACGAAAGGCCAAAGAAGAGUCAGAGCAAGCCAAGGCUGGGGCAAGUACAAUGGAGAGCAGGCUAUUCGCUGCGCAGAAAGAAAUCGAGGCAGCUAAAGCUUCAGAGAGGCUGGCCUUAGCUGCCAUCAAGGCUUUGGAAGAGAGUGAGUCAACGUUGAAAGGUAAUGACACAGAUUCUCCACGAAGCGUUACUCUUUCCCUAGAAGAGUACUACGAGCUCAGCAAACGCGCUCACGAGGCGGAAGAGCUGGCGAGCGCAAGAGUAGCGGAAGUGGUUUCUCGGAUCGAGGAAGCUAAAGAAGCAGAAAUGAGAAGCUUGGAGAAGCUGGAAGAAGUGAACAGAGACAUGGACGCAAGAAAGAAAGCUCUGAAAGAAGCAACAGAGAAGGCGGAGAAGGCGAAAGAGGGGAAGUUAGGGGUGGAACAGGAGCUGAGGAAGUGGAGGGCGGAGCAUGAGCAGAAGAGAAAGGCUAGUGAAAGUGUCAACACUGAGAAAAUCCAAAGGGCGAGCUCUGAAGGAGCUAAUGAGCUAAGUAAGUUGGUGCAAUCAUCUGAGGUUGCUGGUUACACCUCCAGCCCGAGUGAGUCAUAUGGUACAGAGAACUCUGAUAUCAGUCAGUUCCCAUCGACCAAGCCCGGAAAGAAGAAGAAAAAGCUUUCGUUCCCACGGUUUUUCAUGUUCUUGUCAAAAAAGAAGUCACAUAAU